AUGGAUGUGAGAGGAGAUUCCAUGAGGAUGACUGUGCACCUGCUUGCCAACACUGGACAUGCAAUACACUUGCAACAAGUUCUUGAUCAACUUCAAAAAUGGAUCUGCCUGGACGUUCGCCUCUUUCUUGUCUCAGAAUGCCCUUCUCCCAUUAAGUAUUAUGAGACAUAUCGCCAAAAGAGUUCCAGGUUUCCUAGUACUUCUGUUCUCCUUUUUUUGCAUGAGGACUUUGGAGAAGAACGGUUUUUCCAGGUACAUGACUUCUUUCAACAUCCACCUUGGCAACCUAUCCACAUUGAGUGUCCCAGCAGGAAGCUAUCCCUCCAUGUCCUUGAUCAUCAGGACUUUUAUGGACUGGAUGAGCAUAUGCCGGUAUGGGGCCUGAGACAAGUUCACUAUGGCAUGGAAAUCCUGCGUGUCACUCUCUAUUGUAGCUUUGAUAAUUAUGAGGAUGCAGUAAGACUUUAUGAGACAAUCCUGCAGAAAGAAGCAUCUGUCCAAAAAAGCAGCUUCUGUGCUUUCCUACUGUACACAACACAGAGCCUCGUGGUUCAGCUCUGCUUGAAGCAGCUGCCUUUGGGGAUGAGUGUUGACCUGAAGGAAUCUUCAGUAUUACAGUUCAAAGUGCAUGAAAUUGGACAGCUGGUUCCACUUUUGCCCAAUCCCUGUGUCCCAAUCAGCAAUACUAGGUGGCAAACGGAAGACUAUGAAGGAAAUAAGAUCCUGCUGCAGGUUCAAAGCACAGGCUCAAAGCACAAUGGAACUCAGUCUCUACCUCCUAAUUGGCGCAGCAGCACUGACGAGAAAGUGUCUCUCCAUUACCGCUGUGAUUUAUGUUCCAGUGUAAUGACUCCCAGAACUGCUGUUCAGCAGAAAAACCGGACUCUUCGAGCCAUGAAAAAUAAAAACAAAUCUGCAAGGAGGAUGGUGCAAACUCCUACAAGUCUUUUCAGUCCUUCACAAAGCAGCUUUAAUUCUUCCUCCAGUUUGUAUAAUAUAGUACAUUCUUCUUUGCAAGAUCUAGGCCCUUCCCCAAUGAACCUGGGCACUAAAUUGAGACAUUCCAGCCAUGAGCUCUGGCUAUCCCAGAACAAAACAGAGGAGGAAGAAGAGACUAAUGUUGACACAGGCAAGAGAGUAGUACCUUUCACAUGUGCUAAUAACUCUCCCCUAAACAGAUUUUCAAAGGACUUACAAAAAGAACUUCUUCAGUCCCAGGCACCAAGCAGUUCAUUUAUGGAAACAGGUUUGGGUUCUGAGGGCAGGAACUCUCUAUUGUCUUUGCAUAUUGCUGAAAUGAAUAAAAGAUCAGGAUUUAAUCAUUUUCAGCUGAGCACAUCAGGAGCAAGUGAUGGGAAUAAGAAAGAUGAGGAAGAGUUUUUUAUAUGA